AUGUACUGGCCCAAUGUCCUCAUGAUGCCGUUGGGGCCGGCGCCAUAUCUGAAGAUGUUGACGGUUCCUGGAGAGUUGCGCACGUCAGGACAUGGCUGUAAGUCGAUCGAAGCUUUGGGUGAUGGGCAUACCGAAGAUGAAGCCGAUGAUGCAGCCGACAGCUAUAAUCGCAAGAGCCAGCGUGGCACCGGCGUACAUCACUCCCCUGCUCGUAAGCGCUUCCUCUCCAAGGCAACGCCAGGACUCUGGAAACGUGAGUCCCUCAAAUUCUUGUUCAACCUCAUUGAUUUCGUACUAUUGCCCGUCGCGUCUCGAAAGCGUGCUUUGCCAUUUUCCAUAUCAGCCCUUGAAAUCGCCGUCAUCAACUUGCUGUUACUAGCACCAACAUCACGAUCGCCUCUCGACUCGGUGCCUGCCCCUCCACCCCCAAGGGCGCGAAGUUACCAAGAGCAAGUGCGCAAUCCUAACUCGACAGUCGUCGGCGGCCAAUUGUCCACUUGUCCAGUCCACCUUGGAACCCCGGAAUCCCUGCGCCAAAGUGCUCGACGUCACGACCAGAUUACCACCGCGUACCAAAUAGUCUUUGUCGUUGCCGUCAACAUUUGGUGCAGAAUGAACAUGUUCAUGUCGCGAAAAGCUCUGCAGCGAUCAAACUCCUCGUCGUCGGUUUCGUCGACGGCGUCCUCCUCGUCCACCUCGACCGUGACCUCGACCGGCUCCGUCUCGACUGCGCCGACCAACGGCAGCCCCAACAGCACCAGCAGCAGCGGAAACGGAGGAAACGCCAACCCCAUGUCGGUCGGUGGAGACAUCGCGCCUUGGUCGAACUCACAAGCUCUGCGCAAGAAACCGCAACCAAAAAACAACACCAACACCAACUCAUGGACUAAUGCCAGGCCAGAAGGAGCGUCCGACUUUUCACGCUCAGCAACAGGCCGCCCGCCCAUGGCGAAUGGCGUCAACGGCGCGCCUCCAACUAUGCACCACCAACAACAGCAGCCAUCAUCACAACCCCAGCCGCAGCAACAACCGCAGUCCGCCAUGUCGGCGCCGAACCAGAUGAUGUCACAAAACAAUCUCUCGAGGCCCGGCGCCGACCAAAUGGCUCCCCAACGCCAGCCCGUGCUGUCGCUGUUGUCGCUCAAUGGCACCUUCGAACGCAAGACGAUAUCCGUCCCCUUUUACCCCGACAUAAUGAAAAUCGGUCGACAGACAAAUGCGAAAACCGUCCCUCUCCCUACCAACGGCUUCUUCGACAGUAAGGUGUUGUCGCGUCAGCACGCCGAGAUCUGGGCCAACCAAGACGGCAAGAUAUUUAUCAAGGAUGUCAAGUCGUCAAACGGCACCUUCGUCAAUGGCAACCGCCUGUCGCCCGAAAAUCGAGAGUCGGAACCCCACGAGCUCCAGUCCCAAGACCAUCUCGAACUCGGUAUUGAUAUUGUCAGUGAGGACCAAAAGACGGUAGUUCACCACAAGGUCGCCGCCAAAGUCGAGCAUGCCGGAUUCGUUACCCAAACAAAUAACCUCUUGGAUAUGAACUUUGGCGACCUCGAUCCUUCAAAUGGCGCCAUGAUGAUGCCCAUGGGCGGCAUGCCGCCCUUCCGCGGUCGAGCUGGCAGCCAAGCAUCUCUAGCAAGCAACGGGCGUAUGAUGCCUGGAAAUAUGGGUGGUCCGAUACCCGGUAUGGCGCAGCAGAGGCAGUUUUGGUUGAACCCCGUCACGACUGAACAUAUUGUCAAAAAGCUUCAAUUACUGAUUCAUCUGCUCACACUACAAAAGACGGAAAUGCGAAAUGCCAAGCUGCAGCACCACGACCUUAUCCGAACGGGUCAGUUCAUCACUGCCUUGGUCACGAAAGACGACAUCAAGAACCAAGACAAGCCCGAUGGUAUCGAGCCUCCUAAACCGCAUGUAAACGGCAACGUCCCCUUCAAGUCGGAAAAUAGCAAGACCCGGUUCUCGGAGCCCCCUGCUCCUCCGCCAUCACAGCCUCUCCCAGAGAAGCCAGAUGUUGCCCGCGCUUCAGAUGCGCCUUCGCUAAAACGAGGAAUCACCGAGCGACCCAAAUCACUCCCUUUCCCCAAGGACGCGAACGUUAAUCAGGUUGUGCAACUUACGGAGGCCUUGAACUUGGCAAAGAAGGAACUGGACAGCAACAGUGCUCGGGUGCGAGAUCUGGAAAGGAUGCUUAACGAGGAACGUGAAGCCAGGUUACAGGCGGAGGUUUUGAUGCAAAAGAUGGCAGUAAGCCAACAAGCAGUGACAAAUGGCACUAGCGUGGCAGCUUUGACGAACGGCCACUCGGACCUGGAGAAGGCUUUUGAGCCACCGACGGAGCAGUCUCAGACGAACGACUUAAGCGCACUCGGCGGCGUCGAAUCCGAAAAGAUCCCCAAAGCGGAAACCAGCAACAUCGAGGCCAUGGCGGCAGCUUUCCAGGCUCGGAUAGAGUCGAUGACGACGGAGAUGAAGGGGCUUAGGGAGCAGCUAGAAGCCUUCAGGAAUAGGGCUGAGCAGGCAGAGGCAGAGCGGGAUGCUGACCGCAAGACCCUCAGUCAGUUGAUCUUGCAAAUACGCCAGCGGGAUGAGAAGGAGCAGCAAGCCGCGGCGCGCAAAUCGCGCUCGUCCUCUCGUGGUAGAUCGUGCCAGGGGAGGCAAGAUAAAGAGGUUGAGCAGGCAUUGCCCAAGACUAAUGGCGCUGCAGUGACUGGACCAACCCAGUCCGAUGGUUCCUCCGAGGAUCACGCUGAGGAGGUGCCCAGUUUCGCGCUGACGGACACUUUGAAACCGUCGUCCUCUUCUGCGCUAGUAUACCCGCACCAGGAUCGUGCGUUGAUACAAGCCAUGCCCUACGUAUCCGUCCUUGGAGUCGUCUUCAUCGGAAUGGGUCUGAUGGCUUACCUCAAUGGGUGGCAGCCGCAGGCGAAGAACUAG